UCUUUCUCCCCCAAUCCUUACCGCUCCACCACCGCCACCUCCUCCUUGUCCCGCAUCACGGUACUUCACAUCCCUUAUCUGGUUCAGCAUCCAUCCUAAACUCAAUUGUCCCCAAAGGUAUUAUAUUCACUCUUUCUAUUUAACCUCCCCAACUUCUCUUCAUUUCCACAUCAUCUUCACGCUUCCUCAUCUUUUAUUGUCCCGAGCUUUUUUUUAACAUUUAUGCCCCCUUUUCAGUUUGAAACUAAUCAAGUCUGCAGGUAAGUACGAUAGCUUCCCUAUCGUUACUCAAGGUCUAUGGAGCUUUGAUUGUGGAUGGAUGCUGAUGGAUUAAAAUUAAUAGUCAUGUCUCCUGCUGCCAUUGCUACUGCCGGGGCUGCCGCCGCGCCGGCUUCAGAAUCCGAUGUCCCUAUCCAUGCUCCCUCUUCUGAAUUGGCAAUGAAGUAUGAGCACGAGUAUGCGGCUCACAACUAUCAUCCAUUGCCCAUUGUCUUCUCGAAGGCUCUCGGUGUUCAUGUUUGGGAUCCCGAGGGCAAACAAUACCUUGACUUCUUGAGUGCCUAUUCCGCCGUUAACCAGGGUCAUUGUCAUCCCAAAAUUGUUGGUGCUUUAAUCACCCAAGCCCAGCGUUUGUGUCUCUCCUCGAGAGCCUUCAUUAAUGAUGUACUCCCAAUGUUUUCGAAGUUUGUUACGGAGUACUUCGGUUACGACAUGGUUCUUCCUAUGAACACUGGUGUCGAAGCUGUUGAAACUAGUCUUAAACUUGCUCGCAAGUGGGGUUAUCUAAAGAAGGGUAUUCCUGAGAAUGAAGCAUUGAUCUUUUGUGCCUCUGACAACUUUCACGGCCGUACGUUCGCCGCCUUGUCUUUAUCCUCGGAUCCUGAGUCUCGUGACCACUAUGGGCCAUACCUUCCAAAUAUUGGCUCCACGUGCCCCAAAACUGGGAAGGUUAUUAGGUAUAACAACAUUGCAGACAUCGAGGAGGUUUUUGAGCUUCAAGGGAAAAAGACUGCGGCUUUCCUUAUUGAGCCAAUCCAGGGUGAGGCAGGUAUUGUCGUUCCUGACGAUGACUACCUUGCCAAAGUCCAUGCUCUUUGCAAGAAGCAUAACGUCUUGCUGAUUUGUGACGAGAUUCAAACUGGGAUUGCCAGAACUGGUCGUCUUCUUUGUUCUGAGCAUUCCGGUAUUCGUCCUGACAUAGUUCUCCUCGGGAAGGCUAUUUCCGGAGGUGUCUACCCUGUCUCCGCUGUUCUCUCUGAUAAGGAUAUCAUGUUGUGUAUCCAACCCGGAACGCAUGGGUCAACCUAUGGUGGUAACCCUCUUGGCUGCGCCGUUGCGAUUGCUGCAUUGGAGGUGAUUCGCGAUGAGGAUCUCACUACUAGGUCUGAGGUUCUCGGACAGAAAUUCCGAGCUGGGCUCAGUGCAAUUAAUUCACCUGCCAUCAAAGUUGUUCGUGGAAAGGGGCUUUUGAACGCCGUUGUCAUCGACGAGUCCAAGACUAAUGGUCGCACCGCUUGGGACCUUUGUCUACUACUCCGCAAUAACGGGCUCUUGGCUAAGCCUACUCACCAGAACAUCAUCCGUCUUGCUCCUCCUCUUGUAAUUACGGAGGAACAGGUCUAUGAGGCGAUUGGGAUCAUUGAGAAAUCUCUCACGGGCUUGGUGAGUAUCUCUCCACCUCUCAAUCCCCAAUCAAUGAAUGAACCUGUGCACAUUCUGACAUGUCAAACAACAGCCAACCUAUGUAAACAAUGA